AUUGGGGGGAGCAGAGCGCAGGCGGUGCAGAGAGCUGAGACGCUGGGCGCAGAAUGGUACACUAGAGAAGAGACGCACACUCAGAAACAGGCAGAGAGAGAGAGCGCACGUGAAGGYAGAGCGCAUCAGCCCAUGUAGAGAAGAGGAGGACUGAGAAGGAGCAGGGCAGUGGGAAGAGGAGAGGAAAAGAGGGAGUGGGUGGGGAGAGUUACCCGGUCAGCAAGAGAUCGUGGAGCAACUGAGACGCACUGAGGUCUCACUCCCGCUGGAACACAGGCGCAUCAAUAAGAAGCGCAGGUGGAGAGUGAUAUCGCAGGAGAGAGUGCGGGAACUUCUUCCUAGAAGCACUGUCCUGUCAAAAGGCGAGGGUAAUGCUCCUCGCUGGACCCUCCGGCACAGCUUACUUCAGGAUUAUCCCAGCAAGGCAGCAGCACUAAGCAGAGGGCACUUACUGUAAACCUGCUAGAAGUGCCUGUGCAUCUCAGUUCAACUCACUCCUGUGCAAAGGACUUUAAAAAAAAAGUGGAUGCAGUUGCAAAGCUUGGUGCCUUUUUUCUUUGUUUGAAAGUGUGAAGUGGUGGAGAUUCGGAGGGCAAGUUGCUCCGUCCUGUUAUCUCUGAGACUAUGUUAGACUGUGCGUCAAAGCUCCCCUCAUCAGCAGCUGCAGCCCUAGAGCAUGGAGAAGUCCAGCAGUGAGGAGUCAGCCAUUCACCGUAGCCCAUCCGUAGACAGCCGCGAUUCUGAUUUUCCUCAAGCCUCCACGUCUGGCCGCCCGUUCGGCGGCCGCGGCUUCACUGCCGGCGCUUUCUACGGCUCAACGGGGCCACGCAAAAACGCACAGCAGGGACAAGCUGGAGCGGCAGCUGAUGCCAGCGGGGGAGACAAGACUAACAACAAAUACAGCUCACCCAAAGGCAGCAAAUACGUGGUCUUUUACCUGGAUCUAUCCUUUGUGUUCCUUUUAGAAUUCAAGAAGUGCAACAUGGCGAGAGGCUGCUUGUGCUGCUUGAAAUAUAUGAUGUUCAUCUUCAACCUUAUCUUCUGGUUGUGUGGCUGUGGGCUGCUCGGCGUGGGCAUCUGGCUCUCUGUGUCGCAAGGCAGCUUCGCCACCUUCUCGCCCUCAUUCCCCUCGCUGUCGGCUGCCAACAUGGUCAUUGCCAUUGGCGCCAUCGUGAUGGUGACGGGCUURCUUGGUUGCCUSGGUGCCAUCAAGGAGAACAAGUGCCUGCUUCUAAGCUUCUUCAUUGUACUGCUGAUAAUUCUUCUGGCAGAGCUGAUAUUGCUCAUCCUGUUCUUUGUGUACUCUGAUAAGGUGAGUGAGAAUGCUAAGCAGGAUCUGAAGGAUGGGCUGGCUCUGUACAACUCCGAAAACAACAUAGGCCUGCGAAAUGCGUGGAAUAUCAUCCAGGCGGAGUGGAAGUGCUGCGGUGUAAUAGCGUACACCGACUGGCACGAGGCGCUGAAGGAGAAGGUAGUUCCUGACCGCUGCUGCCAGGAGCAUUAUCAAUACUGUGGGCGUAACUCCACCAACAUGUUCUGGAACAGAGGCUGCUUCGAGAAAGUGGAAGAAUGGCUGGAUGAUAACAAGCAUCUGCUGGGAACUAUAGGCAUGGUCAUCUUGGUAGUGCAGCUCCUGGGAAUGGCCUUCUCCAUGACACUGUUCCACCACAUCCACAGAACGGGGAAGAAGUACGACGCUUAGCCUCAGGCGGAGGCGCCUGACGUAGAGGAGCCCCACUGCCUGAUGGGAUGAGACUCUGACAUGAAGGAAAAAAAACAUUCAUGCUUCCCUUUCACUUUACAGCAUCUGUAGAGCAUCCUUUGCCCUCCCCAUCCUAGACCUGUACAGACUCCAGCUGUGUUCCUGCACCUUUUUUUUUUUGCUCUUUUCUCUUAUCAUUCAUUUUGCCAAAGAGUUACACAACUGGAAUAGAAGGGACACCUACUGUUGGCAAGCAAGAGAAACUCGCUGGUUAUUAAUGAAAUAUAUAUUUUUUUGUUUUUUUGUGAGUUGACUAACAAUUUGCUGAAAGGAAGAAUGGAUUUUUUGAGGACAUGAGAACUUUACUAAUGCCCAUACAGCAUCUCCAAGGCAAAGAAAACCCUUGAAACUGAAAAUAACACCAACACUCAUGGAGUUUUUUCCCCCUCUUUCAUAUUAAUUAAAAACAAGCCCACCUUUUUUUUCUUUUGCUUGUAAAAUAAUAAAGAUCCAAUAUGGCAUGCUAGUUUUCUACUUCACUGACUUACCCUUGACCUUGAAAAUGUUGCAAUUUUUGUUGUAAACUUCUUAGAUUUUGAAUUUUUGUGUAUUGUUUCCGCUCUUGUGGAAUGUAGGUGCUGAACGGAUCGGUGUGCUGAGCUCUCACAUGUGCAGUGUGGAUGGGUUUGACAUGACGGUGCUGUGGAGGGGGACGGACGUGUUAGAAUUGUUUUAUAUAUAUUUUUUACUCAACUAUAAGACAUUUGGAUAAAGAGAGCGUGUUGUAAGGACAUUAUACAAUCAUGAGGYAUUAUUAGUGGGUUUAUAUUUGGUAAAAUUCUGCCACUGUCCACAGAAUAAUAAAGUGUAAUGCACAAAUCUGCCUGUGAACACACACACAUAUACACAACUUUGUUGUGCCGCACUGCAUUGGUAUUCCAAGUCCCUGUGAGGCGACACAUAUAAUGUUAAAUGGUUGUUAGUGCUCCACGAGUCCUGUCAGCCGCAGUGAUCUGGGUGAUAAAGUUGUUACUUUGAGAAUAGAUUGUGUUUGUGUGUUUAGCUCCGUCUUUGUUUGAUCACACAGUCCAAGCUGCAGAUUCAGGAGGGGGGAAAAAAGAAAACAGAGGGCCGAAGCAACAGACAUGUUGUCUCGCUGCAGCCAUCAAUAGUGUUGGCAAGAGGUGGCUGGAGGCUUUUCUUUUUUUUAAGGUGUCAUCUGUUCGCUCCGUUCUUCUGCUUCUUUCUCCCUCCGUGGCCGCAUAGUCAGCCAUACCUCCAUUUUUUUCUUUUUGCACCCCAAUUCUCUUCCCACAUGUCAGGAAGCGAUGCGUUUGACAUUCAUUGCUUAUUACUCAGUUGCACCUCUGGUUCGCAACUUCUCAUAUCUCAUGUAAGCUUGCUUUUCGUGCGGCUGAGAGGAGAGGGGGAGGCUGCAGUGUAGGCAGAUCAAAGCUGAGGCAGAUAGGUAUGGCAACAUGCCCUGUAGGACACGUCUGUUUACGUGCUGAUGCACCGCAGGAUGGCUGAGCAUCAAGCCUCCCUCCUGUGGACCAAAAAUACUCUUCAUCUCUUGGUGYCUUAAAGAUUGUUGCCCUCAAGUUUGUCUCCUUAAACUCGCWGAAGAUUUAGCGGCAUAGAAAGAACCGCUUUUAUUCUUGGGGAAUCCUUUUAACUGUGGGAAUGGUAUUCAGUUUUUGUGACAUCUCCAAAGCYAAUUCUGUUUUGACUUCUAAAAAGAUGCCAAAGAAUUGGGAGAAAUCAUGUUGAAACAAAUUGGAAGUAAGUCUAGAGGUUUAUUAGAUUAGCAGCCUUGUUUACGUGACAGUAAUCAGUUUGUAAGAAAUGACUCCUCUUUACGUUGCGUCUGCACGUGCUCACAACGUGAAAUAGGUCAGUGUUGAAUUAGAGUCARGUUGUAAAGCCUGACAGUUUGAUUAAGUGGUCAGAGUUUGAAACUGGAGCAGAUUUAGGUGCAUAUUAAAUGCAAAGGAUCUGAUUCCUCUAAAAAUAAAAAAAGCACGUUUGUGUAAGUCCAUAGGCUCCCAGCUUCUUGUUUUCUGCUUUGCCCGCCUUUGCAGCAUCUUCCUUUUGAUUUUCUGCAGCCGCAGCUCUGACUCUUCAUUGUGACAGUGCAUUGUGUUUCCUAUUUUGGUUUGUGGCUUUGUUUGACUUGAAAACCAUCCACUUCUAUUGUGCGUACAGCACACGUUAGCCCGAAUGAGGCUGAGUGAGCACAAUUUGCCAGAUUGGUAGCGCUCGCCUUCCAUUCAACCCAGCAACAAUUAUGCGGGACAAGCCCGAACAUACAGAAAAAAAAAAGAAAAAGAAACUGUUGCAGCUAAAUGGAUAAAAGAAAUGUGAAUCACUUCAAACUCUCAAACAUCAGCUCACUAUUUAAGCAAUUUUUCCAAGAAGCUCGUUCGCAUAGGUCCAGCGUUUACAGCCUGCACUGCCACAACAGCUGCUGAUUACAGCCCAUGGAGCCACUGAAGUGGCUGCAAUCUAAAUUUAGUCUUGUAUAAUUGUUGCAAAGAGAAAUCAUUUGCAUUGGAUGAAACCUUAAAGGGAACAUAUCAUGCUGUUAAAAACGUUGUGUAUUUGGCGUCUGUAGGAGUGUAGACAAGUUGAAUGCAUCUCUCCUGGUGCUGCGUAGGUAUCUUUAUAUUCUGUUUGGGUCAUUUUUUUUCAACCCAUUCAGUCUAUUUUCUUUGGUUUCUGAACUAUUAUGGCACACUAUUUGCGAUGGAAAUUUUAAACAGGGUCUGGACUUACAAACUACAAUUUGGUGGUCUUAAUUCU